GGAUUCUCAGUGAGAAAUCCAUGACGUCACAUUGUGUCAAAAUAAAGGUGUUUUGGGCGGACGUGUUUUGUUGUUUUCGCAGGAUUUUCACAAAAUUCAUGCGAAAUUAGCUACAAAAUCUGAAAGUGAAUUUCCUGCUUAAAAGUGCCUUAAUCAGUCCAAAAAAAAUGAAUUACGGACGGAAAACCCCAACAUCGACUUAUAGAUCAACACCAUCAGUGUAUUCACACAUCACUGGAAGAUCUUCCAAUUUACAAUCUGGAAAGUCGAGAUCACUCAAAUCCGUCCGCAUUCCUUGGUAUCAAAAGCCUAUUCUCAAGAACAAUGCCUACAUGGAUGUGCAGAAAGGAGCUAUGAUUACAGCUCUUGCUUCUCUGUGCAUUGCCAUCUUUACCAUGGUCACUGGUGUCUUUGACAUCUACUGCUUGGCCAUGGCUGCUCCAGGAUCUACUCACUACGGAUACUACAUUAUAUCCUACGAAUUUGUCUACGUGGGAAGUGUCCACGUGAGAAACACUCUGAUUAUCUUUGCACUAUUCUCCGUCCUUUUUGCCAUUGCGGUUUUCGUUACAACCAUCAUGCUGGCCAUCGCUCUCAGGAAGGAAUACGAGAAGAAAAUCCUCCCUUGGCUAUGGGUUUUUGCAAUUUUCAUCCUUUUCCGCACCCUCGCCUUCCUCUUCUUCGCAAUCCUCAAUGAUCUGAUCUUCGCCUACAAUAUUUUAAUGGUUCUCUGCUGGAUUGUCAUUCUUCCAGCAUCCGUCUACGGAUGGCUUCUCGUCUAUUCUCUCUACCUUGAGCUGGCGGACUUGACUAAACUUGAGGACCUGGCUCACUUGAGGAUGGGUACUAUGGCCUCUCUAAAUGCCUCAACAACACACUCCUUAGCCGGCUCUCGACCCACAACCCCUCACAGCACAGUAUCUACGAUGCCAGUCGGUGGAAUAAGCAACUAGAAAACAAUGGAUAUUCCACGAAUUAGAAGUAAUGCAUUUGAAAGAAAAGAAACAUUUCCGUCCAACUUCGAAGCACUUUUUUUUAGCAAGUAAAUAGUAGUUCCAUAAGAAGACCCCCUUUUUAUAAAGGUAAGACCUACAAAGUAAUAACCGUCCUUACGUAUUAUACUUUUUCUAUGUAUGUAGAUGUUUUAUAAAUUGUCUCAAAGAGAAAUGACAUUUGAGAAAAUAA